GGGGCGCGCCGGCGCCUUCACAAGACUCUUCCGGGCAGCGCAGAGCUCGCGACUUUCCGGGAGGCUUUCUUACCCGGCGCUCCCUCCGUGACGGAAUGAAGGGGAUGGGCGUUCCGACUCGGGAGGACCCCGCCGCGGCCCCGGAAGCGCCUCGUCCAGGGUGGGCGGUGGCGCCGCUGGAGGAGGUUGCCGUGAUGCCUGCGGAGCAGGGUGGCUGACCGCCACGGGCUUCAAGUCCCGGAAUCUCGGCAGCCGCUGCUUAAGUGCUUGCUGCCUGCGCCAUGGCCACCUCCGCCGCCUCCUCCGAGCAUUUCGAGAAACUGCACGAGAUCUUCCGCGGCCUCCAUGAAGACCUACGUGGGGUGCCGGAGCGGCUCCUGGGGACUGGAGGGACAGAAGAGAAGAAGAAAUUGAUCAGAGAUUUUGAUGAAAAGCAACAGGAAGCAAAUGAAACGCUGGCAGAGAUGGAAGAGGAACUACGUUAUGCACCCCUAUCUUUCCGUAACCCUAUGAUGUCUAAGCUUCGAACCUACCGGAAGGACCUUGCCAAACUGCACCGGGAAGUGAGAAGCACCCCGUUGACAACCACACCUGGGGGCAGAGGAGACAUGAAAUAUGGCACGUACACUGUAGAGAAUGAGCAUGUGAAUCGGCUACAGUCUCAACGGGCGUUGCUUCUGCAAGGCACUGAAAGCCUGAACCGGGCCACCCAGAGCAUUGAGCGUUCUCAUCGGAUUGCCACAGAGACUGACCAGAUCGGCUCAGAAAUUAUAGAAGAGCUGGGGGAGCAACGUGAGCAGUUGGAACGUACCAAGAAUAGACUGGUAAACACAAGUGAAAACUUGAGCAAAAGUCGAAAGAUUCUCCGGUCAAUGUCCAGAAAAGUGACAACCAACAAGCUGCUACUUUCCAUUGUCAUCUUAUUGGAGCUAGCCAUCCUGGGAGGCCUGGUUUAUUACAAAUUCUUUCGCAAGCAUUGAACUUCCUGCAAGAAGGGUUUGUGGACCAGAACUUUGGCCCUGUGAAUGAAUGGUGUUAGAGACGUGGAAUAAGCAUAUUGCUGCUGUGAGCUAACGGUUCAAGGAUGCACUGUAUAGCCAGACUGUGGGAAGCGGGAGGGAAGACGGAAAACCAGUUACACAUGAAGGAACAGCAACAAGAACAUUGUGAUAUAACAAGGUAAUAAAUGCUGUUUAUGACUUCUUUAAAUUUACAUAA